AUGUCGGAGAAAAAGCGUUUCAAUAUCAAGCCAUUUCGGGCCCACGUUCCCAUGGACCGGACCGUCGCGAGUCAGACUUGGGAGGCUUUGGCCAAUGCCAUUGAUGAAAUUUACAACCGCAAUGCAUCUCAACUUUCCUUUGAAGAACUCUAUCGAAAUGCCUACAAUCUAGUCUUGCACAAACACGGAACCUUGUUGUAUGAAGGAGUCUCGGAUAAGCUAUCUUCUCAUUUGCUAGCUACCGUGGAACGAGUAGCGGAGGUUCCAGACUCGUCUCUUUUGGAAGAAAUUUCCAAAACCUGGAAGGAGCAUCAAAUCACCAUGAUCAUGGUCCGGGAUAUUCUCAUGUACAUGGAUCGAACCUACAUUAAACAACAACGCCGGAGACCAAUCUAUGAAUUGGGACUUCACCUGUUUCGAAUUACAGUUUGGGAUCACCCUAGGAUACAACCCCGGGUUACGGAACUCUUGUUGUCCACCAUUGCUUCCGAACGCGCUGGACUUUUGACUGAUGAUCGAUCACUGUUGAAGAAUAAUUUGGGAAUGCUUCUAGAAUUGGGCCAAGCAGACUCCUCGAAUGUGUAUGAACGUGACUUUGAAAGUCUAUUUUUGGGAACAACCCAAGAGUUCUACCGUGUAGAGUCUAUGGAUUACUUGAGCAAGACAACGGCAACGGAUUAUGUUACCAGAGCAGCCAAGCGUUUGGAAGAGGAGAAGGAACGAUCGGGAGCUCUUGCUCUACCAAUCUCUACAGAAUCUCCAUUGCAAAGAAUUAUUCAGACGGAAUUGAUUGAACGCCAUGCCAAGACGAUUGUGGAUAUGGAAAAUUCUGGAUUUGCUUCGCUCUUGAAGGAUGACACCAAGCUAGAAGAGAUGAAGAAUGUGUAUAACUUGUUCUUGAGAGUGCCAUCUUCGGUCGACUUUUUGAGAGACGCAUUAUCGGAAAGAAUCAAGGCAGAUGGCAAGUCGUUGAUUUCGGAUCAGGAAAAGGGCGCAGCGGAUGCCCCAGCAUUCGUUAAGGGUGUUCUUUCCAUGCGCAGCAGAUACGAAAAGAUUGUCGACGUGUCCUUUCGUGGAGAAAAGAAAACUAGAAAGAGAAUGAAGGAAGCUUUUGAAGACUUUUUGAAUACAGAUGCCAGAGCAGCUUCUUGUCUUGCUCUAUAUGUGGAUGAAAAGCUUCGCAUUGGUCUCAAGGGCGCCACUGAAGAAGCUGUCAAUGAAGAAAUACAAAAUAUUAUCACUGUGUUUCGAUAUUUGUCAGACAAGGAUGUGUUUGAAAGCUUUUACAAACAGCACUUGGCGAAGCGUCUGUUGAGCGGGAAGACUGUGGGUGACGAUGCGGAACGUGCCAUGGUCAGUCAAUUGAAGGCUGAAUGCGGCUAUCAAUUUACCAGCAAGUUGGAGGGAAUGUUUAACGAUAUGAGAAUCUCCUCCGAUAUGAGGGAUGCAUACAAGCAACACAAGCGGCACCAAGAAACUCAAGCUGCCGCCGCUGAGCCUACCAGCAACAAACCACUUGAUAUUGAAGUCGAUGUAUUGACAAACGGUUACUGGCCCUCCCAAAAGGUCCCACCUUGUACCCUACCAACUCAGGUUCAAGAUGCAAUCAAGAAGUUUUCCGAUUUCUAUUUGGAAAAGCACAGUGGCCGCAAGCUUUCGUGGCAAACUUCAGCGGGGUCUGCUGAUUUGAAAGCUACUUUUGGAAGUGAACCAAACUACCGUCGGCACGAACUCAUCGUAUCAACGUACCAAAUGUGCAUUCUUCUGCUAUUCAACGAGAAGGAGACACUGACAUUGGGGGAGAUUCGAUCAGAAACUCAAAUUCCGGAUCAAGAACUGAGACGACAUUUAAUUUCCUUGUGCACUCCCAAAAAUCGUAUCUUGCGCAAGGGAAGCAAAGGACGUGGGAUCACAUCCGAUCAAGAUACCUUUACUUUCAACUCGGAGUACACUAGUAAAUCCAAGCGUGUUCGCAUCCCUUUGGUGAAGGAAAGUUCGGUAAAGAAGGGCGAUAAUGCUGGUGGUGGCGGAGCUGGUGGUGGCGCAGUUGCCAAUAGAGUGCCUUUGGUUGUGGAAGAGGACCGAAGGCAUCUUGUAGAGGCUUCGUUAGUCAGAAUAAUGAAGGCCAGAAAAACGCUUCACCACAAUGACUUGAUUGCGGAAGUCACAAAGCAACUGAGCGUUCGAUUCACACCGGCUCCUCAAUUCAUCAAGAAGAGAAUUGAGAGCCUUAUUGAGAGAGAAUACCUGGAACGCACAAAGAGGGACUACCGAGUCUAUCAAUAUGUGGCGUAA